AAUGAGGAAGCGAAACAGCCGAGCCAUUUUCAGCGUUGAAUAACCACCGCACGCCGCUUGCUGUGUGUGUGCUUGAGAGCGAGAAGAGCUACGAGAGAAAGGAAAGAAGCAAGCUCUCCUGGAUAUUUUUUUUUUUUACCGGAGCCCUCUUCUUCCUUUCGCCCUCUUACUGCUUGUGAGGGGGGAGGCCGGGGUGGACACACAAUGGGGCGAGGAGCCUGUGGCUACUGGGCCGUUGUAUUGCUGCUGAGAGGGGGAGGGGGUCGAGCGAAGGAGACCGGCACACACAGCUAACCCAGCCAGCCGGCUCCAGCCAGGCCUCAACAGGCUCAAUCUUACCCCGCUCCCUGGCCCUUUUCUGUUUUUUGUGUUUUUUUUUUCAAGGAAUACCCCUCACUUUAACCUGGAUCUAUGGAUUAAUCGUGUGUGGAUUAUUUUUUAUGGAUUUUGUGAAACUGAUUUAUAUUGGAACCUUGAAAAGAACCGAUUUCUCUCUUCCUGUGUUUGUGGGAAAAGGAGCGAAAGGGAGACAAACUUCUCCUGUUUUCUUUUUUUGCUUUGUGUUGAGGGAGGGAUGGAUUACAAGAUGCAUGCUAAGUCUAACGAUCUGCUGGAUUUUCAGACUCUGGAUGCCCUCUUGGAAAAAAUUGCACAUUAUUCUUCUGUCUCUGUGAAAAGAGAGCCUAGUGAGGAGUGCAAUGGAAUCAUCGGUGCUCUCUCAGUGGAGUCGUCCGCGCCGCCGUCGAGACUAAACAACCGGUGUCCCGCGGCCUCCGCCGCCCCUACCCCAACCCUUACCCCUGCUCCAGCCCCUGUGCCCGAGCCCCCAGUCACCUCUGCAAGAAUGGGGGACGGCCUGGAUGCAACCACAGUGCAGAUGUCUUCGUCGGGCAGCAGUAGUAGCAGCCAGGGGGGGCAGCCCCAGCCAUCCACCUACGUUCCAACCGUGCCAGAGUUUAACCCGCCGCCCCCGGAGUACGUCAACUCAUCGCAGCCCAAGCGGCAGACCAACCAGUUGCAGUACCUGCUGAAGGUGGUGCUGAAGACCCUGUGGAAGCACCACUUCUCCUGGCCCUUCCAGGCACCCGUUGACGCAGUCAAACUCAACCUACCGGACUACUACAAGAUUAUUAAAGUUCCUAUGGAUAUGGGAACAAUCAAGAAGCGACUUGAGAACAGCUACUACUGGAACGCCCAAGAAUGUAUACAAGAUUUCAACACCAUGUUCACCAACUGCUACAUUUACAACAAGCCUGGAGAUGACAUAGUGUUAAUGGCUGAGCAGCUGGAGAAGAUGUUUCUCCAGAAGAUUACUGAGAUGCCCCAGGAUGAGACGGAGAUUGCUGUCAUGACCGGCAAGGGACGAGGCCGGGGCCGACGGGAAGGAGGUCUGAACUUGAAGCCAGGCCCAACUAUGGAUUCUCCGUCCACCACCCCCCAGACACGGGGCUUCUCCAGCCACUCCCCAGGCCCCCAGACCAGAGGACCACCAGUGCAGCAACAGACCCACGACCAGGGGCCACCAUCUCUACCUCCUCAGCCCCUCAUGCAGGCCCUGCCCUCCCGCGUGCCCACAACGCUACCUGUCCACACCCAUUCCCAUGCGCCACAGCUGGGGGCCCCCUACUCACUGGGCCCGUCGGACCUGCCUCUCCAGGCCCCUCCUAAGCUCCCGAUUAUGACCUCCGUGCCUCCUCCACCCACCCAGACCACUCUGCCCCCCACCUCCAUCCAGAGCACUGCCCCAAUACUGCAGAACCCCGUGCCCAUGGCCAAACAGAGAAAGAGCCAGAAGAGGAAAGCUGACACGACCACCCCCACAGCCAACGACCAGCUGAGUGAGUCUUCUCCAGCCGAGUCCAAGUCUGGGAAGACGCUGCCGCGACGUGAAAGCGCCAGGCCCACCAAGCUAAUCAAGAAGGAGGCUCCAGACUCCCAGCACCACCUGGGCCUUGGGAUAGGUCUCGGUCUAGGGGGACCCGGAGGACCAGGGGUAGGGGCUCAUAGCCCCAAGCAGCAGGAGCAGCUACGGUACUGCUCCAGCUUGGUCCGAGACAUGUUACAUAAGAAGCACGCGGCCUACGCCUGGCCCUUCUACAAGCCAGUAAACGUGGACAUGCUGGGGCUGCACGACUACCACGACAUCAUCAAACACCCCAUGGACCUCGCCACCGUCAAGUUGAAGCUGGACAACAGGCAGUACAGAGACGCCCAGGAGUUUGCUGCCGACGUGCGGUUAAUGUUCUCUAACUGCUACAAGUACAACCCACCCGACCACGAGGUGGUGGCUAUGGCACGCAGACUACAGGACGUGUUUGAGAUGCGCUUCGCCAAGAUGCCAGAUGAGCCCGAUGAGAUGUUGACUUCGGCUCCUGCCCCCGUGCUGCUCCAGUCCUCCGCCCCCAUCAUCAAGGCCCAGCCGCCGCCCAUCCUAAACCCUGCCUCUUCCAUCCUAGGUCCUGCCUCCUCGGUCAAACACCCCGCUUCCUCCUCGGACAGCUCCAGUGAUUCGUCUUCUGAGUCGGAAUCCUCCACAAACGACUUGGAGGAGGAGAGAGCCCAGAGACUGGCCGAGCUACAAGAACAGCUCAAAGCUGUCCACGAGCAGCUGGCGGCCCUCUCGCAGCCACAGGCCAGCAAACCAAAGAGAAAAGAGAAGGAGAAGAAGAAAGACAAGCACAAAAGGAAAGGAGCGGUGGAGGAGAUCCCGGAGCCGGCCAUUCAGUUCCCCAAGAAGACCAAGAACAACAACAGCAGCAGCAACAACAAGGAGCUCCUGCCCAAGAAGACCAAGAAACUCAGUAAGAAGGAGGGCGGUGCGGUGAAGAACAACCACUCUGCAGCCCUGGGCCCUCAGGCAGCGCUGCAGCCCCCAGCUCUGCAGCCCGUGUCGGGCUUGGGGGAGGGCCUGGAGGACACCCCGGCUGCAGCUGGAGCCCCCGGGGAGAAGGGUAGGCCCAUGUCGUAUGAAGAGAAGAGGCAGCUGAGUCUGGACAUCAACAAGCUGCCCGGCGACAAGCUGGGUCGUGUGGUCCACAUCAUCCAGUCCAGAGAGCCCUCGCUGAAAAACUCCAACCCCGACGAGAUCGAGAUAGACUUUGAGACGCUCAAGCCGUCCACACUGAGAGAGCUGGAGAGAUACGUGUCGUCGUGCCUCCGCAAGACCAAGAAGAAGGUUCCUGUGGCAGAGAAGACCAUGGAGGCCAUGACUGCCGCCAAGAUCAAGGCCAGCUCCUCCUCUGACUCCGACAGCAGCGACUCCAGCUCCUCAGACAGUGAUGAGGAGAAGGGAAUCCCUCCUAAACAGAAACAGAAGAAAGGCCACGGGACCAACGAAGGGAAGAAGCCCCAUCUCCACCAUACCAUGUCUGGAGCUGGGCCCCUCCCCCAUGGCAUCCCUCACCCCCAGGGCCACCCUCACCCCCAGGGCCACCCUCACCCCCAGGGCCACCCUCACCCCCAGGGCCACCCUCACCCCCAGGGCCACCCUCACCCCCAGGGCCACCCUCACCCCCAGGGCCACCCUCACCCCCAGGGUCCUGUCCUGCAGCCCAGCAUCCACCUGAAGCAACAACAGCACCAUAACCCCUCCCCCGCCACCUACAUGGCCCCUCCCCCGGUAACGGUCACGGCGUUGGAGUCCUCCCAGUUGCUGGAGAACACGUUUGAUUUGCUGCCCCACUUCGGCCAGCAGCCACUCAUGCACCUGUCCCAGCACCACCACUCCUCGUCGCCUGCCUUGCCCCCCCACCUCAACGUUCACUCGGCAGCGGGGCCUGUGUCCCCGGAGACGCACCCCUUUCUCAACCAGCAUCCCAUCCACCCCAACCCUCCCAACCCUAACCCAGCUUUGCACAACGCCUUGCCCCAGCAGCCAUCUCGACCCAGCCACAGGGCAGCAGCUCUACCUCCCAAACCCCCGCAGCAGCAGCAACCAGCGACCCAGCCAACCCUACUACUACAACAACAACAGCUCCAGCCACAAGCCCCUCCACCCCAGCACCACCUCCAGCCCCACAUCCUCCACCCCGCCCCCCCCCAGUCCCUGCAGCAGCGGCCCCUUUCCCCCCCCACCCUCACCCCUCAGGGCCUAAUGUCCUCCCUGCCCCCCCAGAUGCUCCUGGAGGACGAUGAGGAGGUGAUUCCGCCCUUACCCCUCAGCCAGGUGCAUCUCUACCUGCAACAGCUCCAGCAGGGACAGAGCCAGGGAAGACCUGGCCAACAACCACACAAUCCCCAGCAGAUCAUGCAGUCUCUCCAAAUUCGCCAACAACAACAGAACCAGGCUCCCCUCCUGCAGUCUGUACAGGUCCAGCCCUCCCAACCCUCUCUUCAGCCACCCCAGCUCUCAGUCCAGCUUCCCCAGCCCCAGUCCAAACCCACCCCCCACCCGCGCCAGCCCCAGCAGAUCCUACCCCCGCACCAGGUAGCCCGCCACCUGCAGCAGCAUGCACAGAUGGGUUACCCCUCCCAGGGGCCGGGGGCGCAGCAGACGGGUCAGUCAGACCGGCACGCUGCUGCAGGGCAACACAAGGGUUCCAUGCAGUCCUCCGCCAAAGCACAGCAUAUCAUCCAGCAACACCUCUCCCCUCGACAGAUCAAGGCUGAUCCAUACAACAGCGGGCACCUAAGGGAGAACCCCUCCCCCAUCAUGAUGCAUUCCCCCCACCUCCCCCAGUAUCCCCCCAUAACGCACCAGUCUCCACCACACAACCUGCAGCCCAAGAAAGAGCAGCGUGCGCCCCCGGCCCUGGUAGGCUUGAAAGAAGAGAAGUUGCCUCCCUCUCCAGUGAUGAGAGGAGGAGAGCCUUUCAGCCCAGCCAUGAGACAAGACCCUCACAAACACCUAGAUUGCCACAGCAAGCCCUCUCUACCAGGUCACACACAGCAGAAUGUAAAGUCGAUGGACAGCUCUCGGCCGGUCAUCCGUUCCUCAGAGCCCAGCGGUCCUCCCUCCUCCUCCUCCCUGCCAGACAAGGACAAGUUCAAACAGGAGCCCAAAACGCCCGUCGCGCCCAAAAAGGUACAGGAUGUGAAACUGAAGAACAUGGGUUCGUGGGCCAGCCUGGCCCAGAAGCCCACGUCAGCACCCUUGUCUGCAGUGAAGUCGUCUAGUGACAGCUUCGAGCAGUUCCGCCGGGCCGCCCGGGAGAAAGAGGAGAGAGAAAAGGCUCUUAAGGCCCAGGCAGAGCAGGCCGAGAGGGACAAACUGCGCCGGGAGCAGGAGAAACUACGUGGUCGUGACAGGGAUGAUGAGGAUAUCCUGGAGCCUCAGCAGCAGUCGAGGAGGGUUCAUGAGGAGCCUCGAAGCAGACGUCUGGAGCAGCAGCAACACAUCCAGGCCCCCCAACCCCAGCAGCAACCCCAGGCACCAGCCCCCCAGGCCCAGCCCGCUGCCCUCCCCCAGCCCCCACAGGCCCCCACGCCGCCCCAGCCCUCAGCCCAGGACCAGCAGAGGGAGCUAGCGCGACGCCGCGAGCAGGAGAGGAGGAGGAGAGAAGCGAUGGCAGCAACCAUUGACAUGAAUUUCCAAAGCGACCUGAUGGCUAUCUUUGAGGAGAACUUGUUCUGAUGACGAGAGAACCCCCAGAAACUUAAAACUGCAAAAAGAACACAUAAUGGAAUAAUGAUUAUGGAAUGGAACAUUUCUUAUGAAAUGGAAUCUUCUGUAUGACAUCACAGAUGGUGUGGGGGUGGGGGGGGUAAAUGAACCAAGACGUGAAUUAAACAAUCCCCCCGCAGAGCAGAGAGGGUGAUCUUCAGCUGGACUGGCCCAGACUGGUGAGAUGCUACUGGGCUGUUACCUGCUCUGCUGUGCAGCCUCUUUGGAAGUAAGAUGCCACAUUGAAGGAGCAACAUAAACAGGAUAUUUUCAACCACGUUUGGUGUCGUUUCUCUGGGGAUUUGACCCUUGUUGUUGCCCCUGGCAACAAGACAUAUGAGGGAAAGGACUCCUGAUGGUCAUGUAAUGUCACACCUGUUUGAUACUUUCACAUGGGACAGAGCAAAGGAGAACAAUGUUGUAAAUGGAAGUUAAAGAUGAUAACAGAAAAACACAGUAACGGUGACAUGCUCUGAGAAACAAAGUACUGAUGCGUAUGUACAGACCGAGACCGAGGCGCUCAUAUAGACUGCCAAGACAGACGUCUUUCUGAUAAGAGGAGAGGCAGACUAAGUAUUUUUAUGUGAUCUGCUUUUCGUUUUGUUAUAGAAAGAACACAUGAAAGGAAAUGGUGGGGACAUUUGUGUGUAUAGAGGGGGAGGGAAUUUAACUUCUGACAUGUAUUUUUUGUCAGGAGAGAAGGUACAGUACAGCUUUGCCUUCUGCCUCACUCCUGUCCAUUGUCCACACACACACACACACACACAGAGACAGUACAUAGGCCUAUCUCUCCCUUGCCUGGGCAUACGAACAAAUCAGUAACAACAAAGUAUGGGACAGUCCGCCCGGCAGCGGGAGGGAGAAAGCGGAUUUCUUUUUUCAUUAUGUAGGAUCUACUGUAAAGAGGUAUUUUCUUAUUCUAUGAUUACUGUUUAUUUGUUUGUUUUUAUAUAUCCCUUCCCAACACACUUCCCCCACCGUCUAUGCCAAACAACCAUUACCUUUUUAAUGCCGAACUCCUCCCACUUCUCUCUUUUUUUUUUUAAAUGCUUCUUUGUUCAAAUAAAGUGUUUUUUUUUCUUAAUAUAUAAAUAGAUUUUUCCCCUUGUCCUCUUCACCCCUCUUCAAACAAAUCAUUUAGGUAGUUUUUUUAAGAGGAUAAAACCUAAUAUAUGCAUUAUUCCAUCAAGUGUUAAUUAAUUAAAGAACCAUUUGAAGUUGUCAUAUUUCAUGUUUUCUUCCUCAUCUGAAGCUGGAGCAAAACAUUCUGAUCAGUACUAGAGGCAGAGGCUCAGUCCCAAAUGGCACCUGAUUCCCUACAUAGUGCACUAGUUUAGUAGUGCACUAAACAGAGAAUAGGCUCCCAUUUGGGAUGAAGUCAGAGCCCAGCUGUUUCUAGAGCUAUGUCUUGGUUGGUUUGACUCCGAGUUCACCAUCACUGUAACACCUUAUUGUGUAUUAUUGCUCUUAGAGACAGCUAGGAAAGUAGUCAUUAAUUAAUGGCAUUUUCCUCUUUGUAGCUGAUUCACAAACUAUUGAACCAGAAAAUCCAAUAACUAUUACUGAACUGUUUCAUUUAUAAACUGUGUUGAUUCCUCCCUGUUCCUUGCUCGUAUAUUGUCCUGGAAUUUGCGUAGUUAAAAUGAAAAUGUUACUUUAUCCACACGAGCAUACUACUUAAAAAAAAAACAGCAAUGUAUUGGUCAUGCAAUAUAAGUGUUGUGCUGGUAUGGUUAUUAGACUAUAUCCAAAGGGUUCUAAUCUGGUAGCGAGCCCGCUACUCUAUUUUGUCAUUUGGGGGACAAGGAAUGGGGUAAGAGGCAAACCUCAAAACAUAAUUAGUUCUAACAGCAACUUUAUUGGGCUCUUAUAAGAACAGAUGAGACACUACUCAUCGAUAUAGUUCCAGGAUGCAGCAUUACUUUUGACCAGGGUACUGUAGUGUACUAUAUAGGAAAUAGGGUGCCGUUUGGGAUGUACCUCCACCUUCCAGACUUCACUAAUGCAGAGACUAAAAGAGAGCUCCACCUCCUGGCUAGUCUGCGUGAGUCUUGCUGUUAAUAUUAUGACUACAAUUAAUCAGAGGGAAACUUUUAGCUGUACAAAUUUGAGAAAUACAGAAAUUGCAUAAAAUUUGACGACAUAUGUUCUAGAAAACCCUACAAAAACAGCUCUGAUUUCUGUAAUUUUUCUUGUUCGAUUCUAGUGGAUACAUGUGAGUUCUAAUUCUGUUGGCGUCACAGGUCGAGGGUCACGACGAGUUGACCUCUGACCCGGUCCUCUGCGUUUUCUCUUAUGGUGUAAUUCUCCAGUGCCUGUAUUGUUCUAUGAUUCUAGUUGGCAUAUAUUACACUUGGGGUGGAUACGGAAGGGGAGGUGUAAUAUUUGAUGGGGAGGGAGAUUUAGGAUAAGCUUGUGUAAAAAUGAAAAGUCAGCAUUUUAUAUUUGACCCAAUUAACGAAAUUCAGGUUUAAAUCUAGUUUUAGCUGGACUUCUGUGGUAUGAGUGUACACUUGACUCAACUACUUUAUAAUUUUCAAUCAGUACAGUUUUAAGUAGACAUGUCUCUGUGCCGCGCCACUUUAGCAUUUGUGUGUCAGAAUGUUUGUGUGGAUGAGUGUGUAUGUAUGAUUUUAGUAUGUGGCGCAGGGACGCAUGUGUCCCUUUGUAGAAAAGCAUUUUAAACGGGGAUGAAGAUUAAUAUACAAAAUGCUACAAGAGAACGAGUUUCUUGGCUAAAGUCAGUCAUUUUGAUGAAUUCUACCAUAUAUGAAUAGCCUACAUAUAAUUUUGUUUUGUUAGACAGUUUAUGAAAAAGUCAAAUACUUUUUCAUUCCUUCAAGCCUUUUAUUAAUUCCUUAAUUUUAUCCCCAUGGUAACUGAUGGAAGUUAUGUGCCAUAGAUAUGGAUUCUUCAGAAUGUGCUCAGCAGAGACUUUGCUUUAUUCAGGUAUUUUAUUUUGUGUUACAUUUUUGGACUUGUUUUUGAGGGGGGUUUUGUGUAACAUUUUCCUUGAUUUAUUGUUUGGUAUGUGAGUGGUCUGUCGGUCAAUGAUUAAAUCUGUUAUGAUCAUGGAUUAAACUCAUCUCUUUUAUAGAAAAUAAAAAAUAAACAAAA